CCGAACUGCGGACUACAACAGUUCACGGCGAUUGCAGUAGUGAGGAUAACAAAGUGCUUAAUUUUAAUUCAAAUAUACAGGGCAUAAAUAGUUAUUCAGCUGAAUGAUGGAGCUCAGUAAUAUUGCGAUUGGGGACGGUCUGCCUACCGAUGCAAACAAGUUGAAUGAUUUGAACAACAGGGCGACUCCAGUUGGAGAUGACCCUCCCACAUCGAAUCCGGCGGCGCCACAUGUUGAGCGAUCCAAGCCCCAGCUGCUCUAUGCAAUCAAUGAGAAUCCAGAAUGGUAUCUGAGCAUAUUUCUGGCGUUCCAACAUUAUUUGACAAUGAUUGGGGCGAUUGUAUCGAUACCAUUUAUAUUAACACCGGCGCUGUGUAUGUCCGACGAGGACCCGAACCGUGGCAUUAUCAUAUCCACAAUGAUCUUUGUCACCGGCAUAGUGACUUACUUUCAGGCGACAUGGGGGGUGCGGCUGCCCAUAGUUCAGGGCGGUACCAUAUCAUUUCUGGUGCCCACCCUGGCUAUCCUUGCCUUGCCCCAAUGGAAAUGCCCGCCCCAAGAGGAACUGGAUGCCAUGGAAGAUGGCGCGCGCGAAGAGUUGUGGCAGAUACGAAUGCGUGAGCUGUCUGGAGCAAUUGCCGUCUCAGCAUCGGUGCAGGUCAUCUUGGGCUAUACGGGACUGGUUGGCAAGAUUUUAAAGUACGUCACGCCGCUGACCAUUGUGCCAACAGUUUCCUUGGUCGGUCUAACACUCUUCGAGCAUGCCGCGGAUACGGCCUCCAAGCACUGGGGCAUUGCUGUGGGCACCACGGGAAUGCUGACACUUUUCUCGCAAAUCAUGUGCGACGUCUCAAUUCCAGUGAUUGCCUAUAGAAAGGGACACGGUUUGGAGGUGCGUCGAUUCCAGCUGUUUCGCCUCUUUCCCGUGCUGCUGACCAUCAUGAUUAUGUGGGGCCUUUGCGGCAUUCUAACAGCAACCGAUGUGUUCCCCCCAUCGCAUCCAUCACGCACAGAUGUCCGUCUGAAUGUGUUAACCAGUGCCAAGUGGUUCUACGUGCCAUAUCCCGGCCAGUUUGGAUGGCCGUCAGUAACGUUGUCCGGUGUGCUGGGCAUGCUGGCCGGCGUGCUCGCCUGCACGGUCGAAUCCUUAAGCUAUUAUCCGACAGUCUCGCAAAUGUCCGGCGCCCAGUCACCGCCGCUGCAUGCCAUUAAUCGUGGCAUCGGUACUGAGGGCUUGGGCACGGUUCUCGCUGGGCUCUGGGGUGCUGGCAAUGGCACAAAUACCUUUGGCGAGAACGUGGGCGCCAUAGGUGUGACCAAGAUCGGUUCGCGCCGCGUGAUUCAAUGGGCGGCUUUUAUAAUGGUGCUACAGGGCGUUAUUGGAAAAUUUGGUGCCAUAUUUAUUCUCAUCCCUGAUUCGGUGGUCGGGGGCAUUUUCUGUGUGAUGUUUGGCAUGAUCAUAGCAUUCGGCCUCUCUACACUGCAGUAUGUGGAUCUGCGUUCCGCAAGAAAUUUAUAUAUACUCGGCCUGUCGAUAUUCUUCCCCAUGGUUCUGUGCCCGUGGAUGCAACAGAAUCCGGGUGCCAUUAAUACGGGCAAUGAAACCGUUGACUCAACAUUAUCGGUGCUUCUGGGUACAACUAUAUUGGUGGGUGGAUUGCUUGGCUGCUUUCUGGAUAACAUAAUUCCUGGCACCGCCGCAGAACGUGGACUUACUGAGUGGGCCAAUGAGAUGCCGCUGGGCGAUGACAAUAUAAACGAUGGCACUGCCACUGAUUAUGACUUCCCAUAUGGCAUGGAUGCCAUAAGAAGAUGGAAGUGGACCUAUUACGUUCCAUUUUUGCCCACCUACAAGUUAAAGAAAGAAAACUGAGUGAUUGUUUCCUCAUAGAAUUCCAUAGAGCAAGUCGUACAACUAUUUUUGUUUCUUUGUUAGUUUUCCAACUUUUUGGCUGUAUGUACAAAAUUAGAAAGCAUAGAUUAAAUAAAAGAAUUUGCUACUUUAGAGAUUGUA